GGGAUUUCACAACCCAGCCCAGACAGGAUUAAAGAGAAAUACACAAGUAAACAAAUAGCGGCCUCGUAAAACUGGACGUGCGGCGCGGGGAGCGGAGCCUCCGGGCUGCCGGUCAAACUGCCCCUGUCAGAGGAAAGGAGUUGCUUCCUGUUAUUUCCAUUGAAAUACUUGUCCCGGUCGUUAGCCGCAGGCUUCUGCGGGAUGGCACCGCGCACGCCGAUGGGCUCCGGCCGGUUCUCUGGAGGGGUCCUGCUGCUCGGGGUGCUCCUGGGGACCAGGCUGUCCCCUGUGGUUGCCGAGGUGGAGGGCUUUGGCCAGGAUGCCAGGACGAGCCCACCCAUGACCAUGGCCAUGUUCAACUGGACGGAGCAGCUCGUGGAGGAGAUGUACAACAACCUCACACAGAAGUGCUGGGAUUUCUUUGUUGAAGUGAUGAGGAACGUGACAGCGUCAGAGCUGUGCGAGUGGAAAGUCAUCAGCAGGCCCUACAGCUUUCUGCAGGCCUGCCUGGAGGACUGGGCUGACCACUUGCGCUACGGCUACCCCAACGCGCUGGCAGAGCAGUACAUCUUCCAGAGCCACCACCGCUACUUCCACAACUGCACCCUGGAGCACCAGGUCUACUUCGACCCGCCCGAGGACGUGCUGCUGGCCAUGAUCAUCGCCCCCAUCUGCCUCAUCCCCUUCCUCGUCACCCUUGUCAUCUGGCGCAGCAAGGACGGCAAGGCCCAGCCCUAGCGCUGCCGCUCGGGCACCACGGCUCCAGCUCUCCCGUCCCGCAGCGGGCAGAGACCGGGCAGCGGCCGUGCGUGUCCCGUGCACGUGCUGCCCGCCCGGGGGUG